AUGAAAAGAAUUAUAAUAUUUGCCCUAGCUUUAAGUAUUGUAUGUUGUAGCAUUUCAUUUACUAGUGCUACCUAUAACACUGUUAAAAAAACUAUAAACAUAUUGUUAGAUGACUAAUUUAAAGCAUUAAUGUACAUUGAUACGAUUGGAGAAAUAAAAAUUUAGUUUGAUAUAACUACUUAAAUCACUUAUUUUACUUCACCUGAGUGUUCAAAUUGUAAACUAUAUGCUAAUGAAAAUGAAAUAACUCCAUAUAAAUGUUUAUCUUAAAAUAACUGUGUGAAAGUAAGGGAAUUUGAUGGUUUGUAUCUUGAUGGAAACUAUAUCUUAAGUGGCGACAUUAUUGCUAUUCCUAUGAUCUUGGAUGGAACAAUUUUCUAUUUAGAAGAAGUUUAUCAUAUCAAAUAAAUUGUUCCUCUUCUUUAGAAUCCUUAAGCAUAUUUAUCACAGAAAAUAGGUUUGCUUUUGAAAAGUGAUAGUGGUGAUUUUAAAAAAAAAACAAUCAGUAAUAUUUAUACCUCACUUUUUGGUUAAGGAAAAAUAGAUAUAAUAACCUAUUCCUUAUAUUACGCUGAUUCAAAUUAUCACUUGACUAUUCCUGAAUAUGAUAGUAAACUAUAAUAUAAGCCAUUUUAUGAUGUAGUUACUGGAUACCAUUAGUUAUAUGAGACUAAGACUUAUCUAACCUCAUCAGUGAAUUUAAAUUUUAGUGAUCAAUAGAUAGUAGAUUCAGUAACUCUAUAUAUAGAUCCUACAUUUGAAGAUUCAAUGUUUGUUUUUAAUGAAAGUAUAUUUGAAGGAUUUAAAAAGGUAAUUAAUGAAAAAAGACUUUAACCUGAUUUAUCAUUCUUUACACCUAACUAUCCAUCAGGUGAAUGGAGUGAUUUAGUUGAGGAAUUUAAUUUUGGUUUAGGAAUAAAAACCUCUCCUUUUGGAACAGAUAUUCCCUAACCAUAGUUUUUGUUUAUUGAAUAUUCUGCUGAUGAGUUCAUGGAACAUAAAGAAAAUUAUUACACUUUAAAAGUUUUAUUUGAAACAUUUGUGAGUGGGUUAAAGCUUGGAAAGCGUAUUUUCAAAAAAUUUUUAUACUAUGUUCAUGAAGAUACUAAUGGAAAAUAUAUUUACUCUCUAACACCAUUGAAGCCCUAAAAAGCUUUUAGAAGUGGAAUUUAAAAUUGA